UAAUAUUGAUCGAAAAAAAAAAAAAAAUCAUUUCUUUAGUUCAGUUCAAUUCGGCUCGGUUUGAAUCGGCGAAUGUUAAGUGGGUUGAGAAGAUUAUUGAUUGUAUGAUUCGAGCACACCGCCCACUUCUAUAUAUAUAGUGGACAACCCGAUCUUCUAGCGCCUCUCAUGUUUCCGUCUCUUCAGAUCUACCAUUUCUCUCUCUGCUGCGCCUAAAUUAUCUAAGAACCAAUUUCUUUCAAAAGGAUCGAAAAACUACUACUUGAUUGUAUCUGAUGGGAAGUUUUGUUGAUCAAGUGAAGAAAUCAGAUCUGAAUGGAACUUCACUGGCAGAAAAGAAUGUAACUGUUGUCUUUGUAUUGGGUGGCCCUGGUAGUGGAAAGGGCACCCAGUGUGCAAAAAUUGUGGAAACAUUUGGUUUCACACAUCUCAGUGCUGGUGAUCUUCUAAGAGCCGAAAUAACAUCUGGUUCUGAAAAUGGGACAAUGAUACAAAACAUGAUCAAAGAUGGUAAAAUUGUCCCUUCAGAAGUUACAAUUAAGCUUCUCGAGCAGGCUAUGUUAAAGAAUGCAAACGAUAAGUUUCUCAUUGAUGGAUUUCCCCGUAAUGAGGAAAAUCGGGCAGCUUUUGAAUUAGUUACUGGAAUAUCACCUGCAUUUGUACUGUGUCUGGAUUGUCCAGAAGAAGACAUGGAGAAGCGUCUUUUGGGUCGCAAUCAGGGAAGAGAAGACGAUAAUAUUGUCACAAUAAGAAAACGGUUCAAAGUUUUCCUGGAGUCUAGCUUGCCUGUUAUUGAGUACUACGACUCUAUAGGCAAGGUUCGAAAGAUUAAUGCUGCAAAACAAGUUGACGAGGUUUUUGCAGAUGUUGAAUCAGUUUUCACGAAAUUGUUUAAGAAGAUCAAUGUGUAAUUUUUGCAGACAGAUGAUGGGAAUGUUUAGUCUUUUGAUAUCAGCAGGUUUUAAGAAGAUGAAGUUUUGUAUGUUGUUUUACAGGUCUGCAUAUUUAAAUGAGCUUUAGAGAAGCUUUACAAAUAUGUUAAAGACUGUUAUGGUUACUAUUUGUGUUUUCCAUGAAAUAAAUAAUUCCUCUUAUUAUAUAUUCUUUAUGCUGGAGAAAUAUAAAAAAAAACAUAUAUAUUUCAGAUUAUUCCAAGUAAUUAUUUAUUUGUAUUCUUUUAUAACAAUGUUGAUUCAUAUUUGUAUUGUUUGAAUAUUGUAAGAGUUUAAUUAUUAUCUUUUAAAUUGUUUGGGUAGACCUGUUAUAAAUUAUAGAGUUAUAAAGGUAUAAAUUAUGCAAAUUGUACCAGAUUUAUAAUAUUUUUUUUGGUUGUUACUUA